AUGCGAAUUACGACUUACUGGGUUAUAUACGCUGCGACGAGCAUCGUCAAACUCUCAUCUGGCUUUGACUGUUUCGAAGACGAGGAUUCUGGCAAACAGAAUAUAGUCACAAAGAUCUAUGAAAAUAUUGGUUCCAGUGACGGAAAUCGGGAUGAGAAGUUGCGCGUUGUAGCUCGCACUUUCACAGCGGGCCGUUGUUUCUCCCCGACAUUAGAAGAAGGAGUUGGCAAGGAGACGCCGAGCCACUUCUAUAGAAGUUUUGAGGAUCUCAUCGAGUGGUUGCGUGCUUCACCAGCAGAGUUGAACCGCUUGAGCGACAAUGCACGUAAAUGUCGAUUUGAAGCAGAAGACCUUUGCUAUCAGCGUUGUUUUUUCUGGACUCGAGAAAGAGAUUUUGGUCUUGGCCCGCAGUGUAUGCGUGCUGGCGAUAUCGUCGUGGUGCUUUAUGGUGGCCAAACGCCGUUUGUGUUACGACCGAAAGGCGAUAAGUACCUCUUUCUGGGCGAGGCAUAUGUGGACAGUAUCAUGCAUGGAGAGCUUAUGAAGGAAGUCGAAGAAGGAAAUCGACAAGAACAGGAAUUCUGUCUCAUCUAA